UUACCAUUUUCAUCAAAAUUCAGACACCUUCCCUCUCUCUCUCUCUCUCUGCGCAGCUUGUUCGCUCACUCCCCUCUCCUUUCUCCAAGAUUUCUUCCUUCGUUGUCUCAGAGUGUAAGCUCAGAUCAGGGAACAACAAGGCGAUGAAGGAGAUUUCCAUUCGUUGAUCAUCCAGAUUUGGUACUCGUGGUUGAAAAUGUGCAUUGCUAAGCUUGAGUGAAGUACAGGUCGAUUGCUGAACUGGAACUCAAAGAUCUGCAGCUUGUUAGCGACAAAGUCAUUGUUGGUAGUAGACAUGCAGAUGGAAUCUGGGCUAAUCUUUUCAGUGGAAUGCUAGUCUAAAACUGAUGGAGGAACGUCUUGGAAAAGGUGAUUUGCAAGUAAAUGUAGUUCGGCAGUCAUCCUUAAGGCAAGGUAGCUUUAAAUCUACAUUUUCAGGAAGGUCAACUCCUAGGAAUUCUCCUUCUUUUCGGAAAGUACAUUCCAGCCGAACUCCACGAAGAGAAGCUAGAAGUAGUGGUGGUUUUGAACAAUGGUUUAGGAGCAACAGGUUGAUUUACUGGCUGCUCUUGAUCACUCUUUGGGCUUAUCUUGGGUUCUACGUGCAAUCCAGGUGGGCUCAUGGUAAUAAUAAGGAAAGAAUUUUGAGUUUUGGAGGUAAUCCAAGAAAUGAGAUCUCAAAUCCUGAAGAGAAUAAGCGACAGGAUUUGAUUGCUAAUAGCAGUUUGGUGGUUGUAAAAAAUGGUACGAGUACAGAUCAAGUAGCUGGUGGGGAAAGGAUAAAUGUAGUUUUGGCCAAGAAGGGUAAUGGGCUUUCUCACAGCAGCAAAACUCCAAAGAAGAGGACCAAGAGAGCAAAACGCAAUUCACGUAGUAGGAUGCAUGUUAAGCAAAAGGAGACUGUGGAGGUUGAAGGUAAAGAUGUAGACGGCCAAGAACAGGAUAUUCCUAAGAAAAAUACUACUUAUGGAUUACUUGUUGGUCCUUUUGCAUCUAUAGAGGAUAGAAUUUUGGAAUGGAGUCCAGAGAAGCGGUCGGGAACUUGUGACAGGAAGGGAGACUUUGCACGCCUUGUUUGGUCUAGGAAAUUUGUGUUGAUAUUCCAUGAACUUUCAAUGACUGGGGCUCCUAUUUCAAUGAUGGAAUUGACAACAGAGCUUUUGAGUUGUGGAGCAACUGUUUCUGCUGUAGUUCUUAGUAAGAAAGGUGGGUUGAUGCAGGAGCUGGCUAGGAGAAGGAUCAAAGUAGUUGAAGACAGAGCAGACCUCAGCUUCAAAACUGCCAUGAAAGCAGAUCUUGUCAUUGCAGGAUCAGCAGUCUGUGCAUCAUGGAUUGAUCAAUACAUAGCUCAUUUUCAUGCUGGUGGAAGUCAAAUUGCUUGGUGGAUCAUGGAAAAUAGACGAGAAUAUUUUGAUAGGUCAAAGCUUGUUCUUCAUCGAGUGAAGAUGGUGAUUUUCCUAUCUGAAUUGCAGACUAACCAAUGGUUAACCUGGUGCGAAGAAGAAAAUAUUAAGCUGAGAUCUCAGCCUGCAAUUGUCCCACUGUCUGUUAAUGAUGAAUUGGCAUAUGUUGCGGGAAUUACUUGUUCACUAAACACUCCAACUUUUACUCCUGAGAAUAUGCUGGAGAAAAGGAAAUUGUUACGAGAUUCAGCUCGGAGAGAAAUGGGUUUGAUGGAAAAUGAUAUGCUUGUGAUGUCCCUUAGUAGCAUAAAUGCUGGAAAAGGCCAGCAUCUGGUCCUUGAAUCAGCAGCCUUGCUAUUUGGGAAAGGAUCUCUACAAAUUGGUUUAAAUAUGGACAAUUCCACAGAUAAUGGCAAAGAUCAGUCAACUUUGGCGGUAAAGCAUCAUUUAAGAGGUUUACUGCAGAAGUUAAAUGGCACUGAUGUAGUUUUGAAUGAACAAUCUAUUUCCCGUGCGUCUCAUGUUGUGCCAGAUGAGAAUAACACAAAUAAGUUAGGCCUAUCCAGUCGCCUUGUGCACUUUAAUGACAUGUAUGCUGUGAGCUUUCCUGGCAGUCCGAAUGGGAGGAAAUUGUUGUCUAAUAAAGAAAUGGAAAAACAGGCUCUUAAAAUUCUUAUUGGUUCUGUUGGAUCUAAAAGUAACAAGGUGCCAUAUGUUAAAGAAAUCUUAAGGUACUUGUCCAAGAAUACAAAUUUGUCGAAGUCUGUACUCUGGACUCCUGCAACUACACGUGUUGCCUCGCUAUACUCUGCAGCAGACGUUUAUAUUAUAAACUCCCAGGGACUAGGAGAAACCUUUGGAAGAGUGACCAUUGAAGCAAUGGCAUUUGGCCUCCCAGUGCUUGGGACUGAUGCCGGAGGCACAAAAGAAAUUGUUGAGCACAACGUAACAGGGCUUCUCCACCCUGUAGGUCGACCGGGAACUCAGGUUCUUGCUCAGAAUCUUCAGUUUUUGCUUGAAAACCCAUCUACCAGGAUGCAAAUGGGGAUGGAAGGAAGGAAAAAGAUAGAAAGAAUGUAUUUGAAGCGGCACAUGUACAAGAAGUUUGUGCAGGUCCUCUACAAGUGCAUGAGCAGCAUGUAAAAUCCACCAUUGUCAGUCCCAUUCUUUAAUUGGUUCUGAAAGAUCACAGUGAGUAAUGAAAUUCUCUCUAUAUUGCCCAAUUGAUUAGACAAAAUUCUCAGAGCAAUCAUUUCUGAGGAAACAAAAUGUGUUUCAGUCUUUCGGUUGAUUAGGAAAUAAUUUUUGGUCCAAAUUUUAGAACUCAGAUCUCCAAUAUUCCUUUGCUUCUUAAAAAAAAAAAAACACUUCAAUUAUCCUGUGGAAAUAAAGAAUCAGGCUUCAGUAAAAGAAACCUGAAAGUAUUUGAGGCGUGGCAA